AUAUACAAGAGACAUUUGACGAGAAGAACAUGAUUGAACAUAAAUAAACACUACAAUGACUUUAUUGAUUCUAUUUGUAGUAGAGGGACUAAUUUGAAUAUUUCCAGAUAGUGCACGGACCUCUGCGGUGCAUUGUUAUAAAAAAAAAGGAGUAACUAAACGCGGACAAUAAGUACCCGAGUACCCGAGUAUUUCUAACGAGUAACGAACUAACGACCGAAUUUCUUCUUCUUCGAGAGACCUGCGCGCAGAGCCAUGCCGAACCGCCGGUGCAAAUUCUGCCUGGAAAAUGUUCCUCCCAUCGAGCGGGCAGAUCAUCAACGGGGGUGCGAAAAGAGGGAACUUCAUGCCAAGCGCAACCAGAAUUAUUUCGAUCUGGCUGCAAGGAUGAGAAAGACGCUAGAGGCAAGAGACAAUCAACAGGCCAAUCAUCGCGGAUUUGGCCAGGGAACACCGCGCGACGUUGACAUUGCUGCGGCGGCGGCAUCGGAUCCAUCCAUCAUCGCGUUCGAAGAUCUGAUUUCGCAGUGCGUCCGGAGGCUUUGCAGUGCUGCUGACAAGAUUGGUGGAAUUGUUUUGGAUGUCACCAAGGUUGUCAAGGAUGCAUUCUCUUCCCAGAAGGAGCUUCUCAUCAAGAUCAAAGAAACAAAGGAUGAACAUGCUUUGCCUUACCAGUAUGUGCACGUUUACAAGGAUGGCCAAAUCAUAACGUCUCCGGCCACCCACGUUUACAAGGAUGGCCAAAUCCCUUGGCUGGUGUAUUACCACGGCAAAGGUUACAAAAAGCAGUCUUUCUGUUACGACAUAACAGGACCCUCGCCGGUCAAGACACACAUCAAGAGCAUUCCAGUCUUGCGCGACAAUACCCUAAUCCUGCCUGAUCUGCAUCACCUAUGGAAUCACAAGAUCGACAGUUGUGUCCUCCUACUACUACCUCCGGGAGGUAAUUUGACCCUGUUAAUAUUCUUCAAAGAAUUGCCCUCCAUAAUGUUGUGUCGGGUUGGAGAAACAAAGUGGAGUGAAAUAAGCUAUGGGAAGUAUUUGGAACCUUUUUUUGUAGAGGAGUUGCAUACAAUAGCUAGAGAAAAUGGAAGUCCCCUGUUUUUCAGGAGGGCUGUUGGCUUUGGUGGCAAAGUAUAUGCCCAGCUCGGUGCGGAUUGGCUUGACGGCUUCUGCUACUCGAUGAUGUCGAUCGAGAUAGUUGAAGAGGGAGCGGCUGAGUUUGGGCUCGUUCUGCGUACGGUGAACGGGCCUGCUGACAUGAGGUCUGGUUGCUUCACUCCUUACAUCAAUGUCUAUAUGUUGGAAUCCUGCGGGGAACUCUUUUUAAUACAUUUUUCAUCUGGAGCUCUAGUGUUUGAGGUCUACCGAAUGAAUUUUGAUACUAUGGCUUGGGAGAGGAUGAAAAGCAUCAAGGACGCGACUUUUUUCAUUGGCGAGAACUACUGCUUUUCUUGCCCAACUUCAGGAUCAGGGGACCGUAUAUAUUUUACAAGGAGAAAAGAUCAUCGUUUAUACUGUUAUAACAUGGAAGAUGGCAGUGUCGUGAUGUCUUCGCCCCGUCCGGCUAUCCCCACCCCUUGGCCUUCUCCUCCUAUUUGGAUGAUGCCCCAACUCACCCUCUCCAUCAAGGAUGAACUGGCGAGUGGAAAGAAUUUUGAUGCAGCAAUGCAGACUAGUCCGGUCUUUUUUAAUGACGCUUUCUAUUACUUGGAUAAGAUGGGACGACUCGGAUGUCUUGAGAUAGAUCUGCAACUAGUAAACAUUAGGUGGGAAGUUCUUGAGAAGCCACAAAGGCCAGCUGACCUGAAGUUUUUUUCUCACAACUUCUUGGUGGAGUGUGGUGGGGAGUUGAUUUCAGUAUUUCUUGGUCGUGCGGGAAAAUGGGUUUAUGUUUACAAGCUGAAUAAUUGUCAUCAGGUAUGGGAAAAGGUGAGCAAUCUGGGAGGUUACGACUUGUAUCUCAACCCAACUUCUUCCUCUGCCAUGCCUUCUUCGAGUGGUGGAAACAGAAUUUAUUUCCCAUUGCUCCGUGGUACUAAUAUUGUUUACUUCUCCAUGGAGACGGGCAAAUGGCAUUUCUCUGGAAGCCAACAAGAUUCAUCAUCCCAUCUCUAUGGUACAAGAUGGUACCCCAACUCUUGUUGGAUUAAGCCGUGUUGGUAAUUUUAUAUCCAUUACACCUUUAGUUUGAUAUGUAAACUGGCUUUAUUCAAGUUAUCUUUCACCAAGUGCUUGAUAUUUUGCGUACGUCAUAUUGUCAUGUAUCUAAUUAUGUGGCUUUGUUUUGCCCCUACCCGGUAUUUUGAUGUUUGAGAGUAAAUAGAAUAGUACUAG